AUGUCUCCCUACAGACUGGUCUAUGGAAAAUCAUGCCACCUUCCAGUUGAACUCGAACAUAAGGCUUAUUGGGCUGUCAAGAAUUGCAACAUGGAUAUUAAGGAGGCUGGAGCCCAUCGGAAAUUACAACUUCAAGAACUAGAAGAAAUCAGACGAGACGCCUAUGAGACUUCUUGGGACUACAAAGCUAAGACCAAAGCCUUCCAUGAUAAACGUAUUUCAAGAAAGCAACUCAAGGUUGGUGAAAAAGUCUUACUCUUCGAUUCUCGUUUGAAGCUAUUUCCAGGGAAACUACGGUCUAGGUGGAUUGGGCCGUUCAUUGUGGAAAAUACUUAUCCCUAUGGAGCCAUAGAUAUUCGCAGCAUAGAAACUAGGAAGGUCUUCAAAGUGAAUGGGCAUCGUCUGAAACCAUUAUAUGAGGAGUUUGCAGUACAUAUGGUGGAAGAGAUUCCACUAAAUUAUCCUCCAUAG